AUGGGGGCUCUGUUGCACUCCUCUGUAACAUUUUUCACUCCACCGUCUCUGAACCUGGUCACGGGAAAUGGGUCUUCUCGGAAUCAGAGUUCUUGCUUGGAAUUCUCAACUGGGUACUCGUCUAUAUCUUGUUCUUGCAGACCAUUUAGAGCUCUGAAGCUCUAUGUUGGGUCCAGAAGGUCAGUGAUUGUUGGGGCUAAGAAGAAGAAUAGCAAGGAGAGGAAGAAGGAAGAUAAGCACAGCUUUGUGUCUAAACCUGAUGAGGCUACUGGGCCUUUUCCUGAAGCUGUGCUUCUUAGACAGGUGUUUCGUUUCAUUUUAGUUAUUUUUGUUUUGGACAAUAUUGCUUCACCAUUCAAGUAUGAAACUUGGAACGAAGUUCAGGAAGAUGGUUUGGUUCUCCCUGAGUUUGCGGACGAAGAUGAAGAAAAGGUCUAUGAAUUUCUGAAGCUUCAGCUGCAAGACGAUUUGGAUGAGGAACGAUUGCGCCACUAUGAGGUGGUUUAUCUUAUUCAUGAGAAGCAUGUGGAAGAGGUUGGGAGUGUAAAGGAGAAAAUUGAAGCUUUUCUAGGGGAGAAGAGAGCCAGGAUAUGGAGACUGAGUGAUUGGGGAAUGCGAAGACUAGCAUACACAAUACAAAAGGCCAAGAAUGCCUACUACGUUCUGAUGAACUUUGAGAUGGAUGCCAAAUGGAUAAAUGAUUUCAAGAGUCUGUUGGACAAGGAUGAAAGAGUCAUUCGGCAUCUCGUGAUGAAGAGGGAUGAGGCUAUUGCAGAGGAUUGCCCUCCUCCUCCUGAGUCAGCCAUGAAUGCAGGUACAGAUUCUGAAGUGGAAGACGGGGAUGGGGAUGAGGAUGGUAUGGAAUAUGAUGAUGAAGAUUACGAUGACGAAGAUGGAAUUAUCAUUGUUGAUGCUGAUAAUGAUGAUGUAGAAGAUAGUAAACUAGUAAAACAACUUGUGUAGGAAUAUUUUUGAGACGAGAAAACUAAUGACAUCAAAGUGAGAAUUAGAGAAUUUUGA